ACAUAUGCUCUUGGCCCGAUUCUGCCUUUUUUAAGAAAAAACCUAUUCGACGGCUUCCAAGCGUCCUUCUCCCGACUGCCGCUUUUUCUUAGUUCGUCUAUUGAGGAAGAGAAAUGUUUAUCACAUCCUAUUUUUUUAAAAUUCCCUUGCAAUUUGCCAGAUUCUACUUUUUUUUCUCUAUAUUUUCGGCAAUUUGUCUCCUGGCCAUCGGUUUGCUCGAGCUCAAGCACUAUGAGCCCAUCAACGGCGACAGUGAAUAUUCGCAUGAAAAGAUGAACGAUAUGGGUUACAAGGCUUUGUAUGCAUCCGCGAUGUACAUCGUUUGCGUUCUGUUUUUUGGCUCUCGUUGGUUAUGCGAACGCUUCGUCCACAACAAGCGUGAAGGUCCCCUCGAGGUUUUUUUUUGCGUGGUGAAAAAGAAAUUUUAGGUCUUAUCUAGAUUCAAAAUGUCUGCGGCACGUCGGGCGUAUCUGAAGCAGUACCUGGAGGCUUCUGAAGGUGUUUCUGGAGAUUAUGAAAUCAAGAAGAAGAAAAAAAAACACGUAGCACCUGUUAAGCAGUUUCAGGGGAUUAAAAUUUCAGAUGACUUCAGAGGACCCCUCGAUCCGUCGGAUGGCCAGUGUGAACAAGAAGAUCAAGAAGAUAGAGAAAGACAGACGUUGGAAGAAAAACAUGAGGAUCAUGGAUGGAUACCAAGAAAAGGUGAAGAUGAGGUACAUCAGUCCAUCAAAGUAGAUUCAGACAAUGAUUCGCUACUGCCUAGAAGACGACAUGAUGAUGACUUGUCGCCACCUAGGAGACGACGUGGUGAUGACUUAUCUCCACCUAGAAGGCGCCGUGAUGAUGACUCAUCGUCGCCUAGAAGACGACAUGAUGACGAUUUAUCACCACCUAGAAGACGACGUGAUGACUUGUCGCCACCUAGAAGACGACGUGAUGACUUGUCGCCACCUAGAAGACGACGUGAUGAUGACUUAUCGCCGCCUAGAGGACGACAUGAUGACGAUUUAUCACCACCUAGAAGACGACAUGAUAACUUGUCGCCACCUAGAAGACGACGGCAUGACGGAAUUUUACCGCCACCUAGAGGACGACAUGAUGACUUGUCGACGCCUAGAAGACGACAUGAUGACAAUCUAUCGCCACCUAGAAGACGACAUGAUGAUGACUUAUCGCCACCUAGACGAAGACGGUAUGAUGCAAUUUCAUCGCCGCCUAGAAGACGACAUGAUGACGAUCUAUCACCACCUAAAGGGCGACAUGACGAUGACUUAUCUCCACCUAGGAGACGACGGCAUGACGGAAUUUUGUCGCCACCUAGAGGACGACAUGAUGAUGACCUAUCGCCACCUAGAAGGCGCCGUGAUGAUGACUCAUCGUCGCCUAGAAGACGACAUGAUGAUGACCUAUCGCCACCUAGAAGGCGCCGUGAUGAUGACUCAUCGUCGCCUAGAAGACGACAUGAUGAUGACCUAUCGCCACCUAGAAGGCGCCGUGAUGAUGACUUAUCGUCGCCUAGAAGACGACAUGACGAUUUAUCACCACCUAGAAGACGACAUGAUGACCAUCUAUCGCCACCUAGAAGACGACAUGAUGAUGACUUAUUGCCACCUAGAAGAUACCGUGAUGAUGAUUUAUCGCCGCCUAGAAAGCGACAAAAUUUGUCACCUAAAAGAACGAAUUUUUUCGUCGCUAAUCGAGAAGAUUUACCUUUUAUAGAUGAUCGCACUUCAUCUAAUCCUCCUUCCUCUGCUAUGGAUCCACCAGAGUACACUGAUCGCCGCGGUAGGAAGUUAGACAUGCUGAAUCAGAUGAUGCGCCAAGAACUGGGCCUACGCCCUACAGAAGAGGAGAAGAUUGAGUGGGGAACAGGUAAAAUUUUAGAUACAGACGGCAGAAAAUCAUCACCUGGACCUGACUCCACCGAACACCGCACGUCUUCUAGUAGUAUAUUGAACGACGAAGAACGAGAUGAAGAAUGGAAAAGAGCGAAAUUCUGGGAUGAUCCCCUUAACAAGAUUCGGAAUUCCGCAGAUUAUUUGUUAGAAGAUUCAAUUGACAAAAAAAAGCACAAAUCGUCCAAGGAACAGAAACCCAGAGUUCCUGACCACACCAAAAAAUUUGACGGCUGGUGGCCGCCCAAUCGAUACGACAUACCACCGUCUCGCAAAUGGGACGGCGUUGAUCGCAGCAACGGGUUCGAAGCAAAAUACUUUCAACAUAUAAAUGAAAUUCGAGUGAAGGAAGAACUAGACUACAAGCAUACCGUCUAUGAAUAGAGAAAGACCACCACAAGAAGGCCUGUCGUCGAAUAUAUACAACGUUGAUGCGAACGUCUACUCUUUUUCGGUGAGGACAACUUUCUCUUCUCAUUCAAGCAUUUCAAACUCCUAGGUCCUUUCUUUGUCCAUAAAUUUUUGUGUUUUGUCCAAUCCGUCUAAAUAUCUGGCUACGUAAAAAAGAUGGGUAUCCUUUAGAUUUUAUCGUUAACGCUCGACUUUUUUUUUGCGUUUUAUAUGCGACAAUGGUUUUUCUUCUAUCAAAAAAAAUUGGCUACUGAUACUUUUUUUAGCAUUCAGAGAACUAUGCGCUAUUUUCCUAUUUGUCUGACUAAAAAUCCGAUUGUGUCAUGUGCGGGCUCAGAAAAUGCGAAAAUUCACCAAGACCUUGCGUGGCAGAUCUGUAGAGCGCCGCAGCUGCUAGCUAUGGAUGCGAACGUGUGCAGCGUUGGCGCCCCAGUUGGUUCCGAUAUGCUAACUUUGUGAGUUAAUACAAAAAUCUAUUUUGUGAGGCGCAUAAUUA